GGAGGGAAAAGAAAAAAAAUUAAAGCAUUAAUCUUUGUCGCCGUUGUUUUCAAUUCCCAACACCAACCUCCGAUUCCGAUUCUUCUCUUUAUUCUGACUCUGCUUAGUGGCGGCAGUGAAAUCGAUCAAAGGUUCCGUCUUUGCCGUGAUUUUCAGAUUACGAUUCAGAUUAGUCCUUGUAAGAUUGAUUGGAUGUGAGGAGAAACUGAACUCCCUAGUUCUGCUGCAUUUUAUGUUGUUUUUAGUGCUUAAAUGGCUGAAGAGAUUGUAUCCAGAACUGGGUCUGAUAGCAAUGAUAGGGCCUGUGAGUCGAGUAGUGCUAGAUUGUUGCGCGAUGUUGAGGACAUAAGCAGAGCCCUUUACUUGCAUAAACCCCCACCGAAGGCUUUGAUUUCUGCAUCCCAUGUCCGAUCCAAAUAUGCUGACAAAAGCCGUUUCCCUGAAUCAAAAUCAAACCAAAGCCAGGGAGACCUUGGAAAUAUGAAACACAAGCACAAGAAGUCAUCUUUAUUGUGGAAUUGGAAGAAGCCCUUGAAAGCUUUAACCCAUAUCGGGCAUAUUUGCUAUGAUAUUUGUUUCUUUCUCCAUGUGCAUUCCAUAGAAGGGUUGCCUGUGAACUUUAACCACUUAAGUUUGUGUAUGCAAUGGAAGAGGAAGAACCAGGUGUCAUGUACCCGUGCAUCAAAGGUUUUGGAUGGGGUUGCAGAAUUUGAAGAGACUUUAAAACAUAGAUGUUUUGUUUAUGGUAGUAGAAGUGGAUCCCAGAACUCAGCAAAGUAUGAGGAGAAGCUUUUCCUGAUUUAUGGUUCUGUAGUUGGAGCUCCUGGUCUUGAUAUAGGGAAGCACUGGGUUGAUCUCACGAGGUUGUUGCCACUUUCUUUUGAGGAGCUAGAAGGGGAUAAUAGCUCAGGUAAGUGGACAACAAGCUUCAAGCUUGCUGGCAAGGCUAAGGGUGCUACUCUAAAUGUUAGUUUUGGUUUCUUCCUAGCCAAGGACAAUCUACUUGAAUCAAGAGACAAACUGGAUGGGCCAAGUCAAGUGAAACACAGUGGAGGUCUAAGUAAUGACGAUGGUAUGUUUCACCAUAUUGGGAGUAUUUCAAGUAACUUAAAUCUACGGUCUCUGCUUUCAUCUCCAUCAGUUGACAUAAACCUUACUAAUGACGUUUUGCCACAUCUGGGGAUGGAGCUCUCAAACUCAAUAAGUUUUCUAUAUCAGAAACUCAAUGAAGGUAACUUGCAUGGCUCACCAAGGUUAGAUAAAUCAUCUGAGUAUGCAGAGCAACCAAACACUAUUUCUGAUGAUAACUUUGAGUUGGACAAAGGUACAAAUGAAUGUGGAGACACUGAGUUUUCUGUCACUGAGCAGUGGGUAGAAAUGUGUCAGAAAGAUCAAUUUCAAUUGGAAGAAAAUGCUAUUGACACUGUUGAUGGCUCUAUUAUUGAAACUAUAAACGUGGAUGAAAUCCUUAAAGACUGUGAGGCAGAAGUUGAUGAGGAGUCCAAACAGGGUUCAGAGGUAGACCACUGCAGCAGUUACCUAGAGGAGAGUAGCACUUGUUCCAACCUUUCAACUGUGGAAGUGGUGGAUUCAUCUUUCCAUAACCUCUUGAUUUCAGAAUUGACUGAUUUGGAAUCUCCACCAGCUCUAAGUGACUUUCUUGUGCAAGAAGAGUACAUGGAGGUUAAGUCAAAUUAUAAGGCUGGCAAAGUGCCAAAGAAAUUGCUAAGCUUGGAUGACAUUGCUGAAUCUGUAGCUACUGAUUUCUUAAAUAUGCUAGAAAUUGAACGUGGUCAAUUUGGCCCAGCUUGUGGAAGUGCUCCAGAGUCUCCUAGAGAACGCCUGUUGAGAGAGUUUGAAAAUGAUGCCCUAGCUUCUGGAAACUUCAUUCUUGAUUCUGAUGCAGUGGGAGAGGAGCUCAGUACCAUGACACCUUCCUGCUCUGCAGAUGAUAUUUCUGAAGAUUCCAUUUUCUCUUCAGUUAUUUCAGACAUUGAGCAGCAUAAGAUGGAGAGACAACUACUGAAGGAUAGAAGGAAGGUCAAAAUGCUAGAAGACUUGGAAACUGAAGCUCUGAUGCUUGAGUGGGGGUUAGAUGAGAAGGCAUUUCAGAGUUCUCCACGCAUUUGCUCUGAUGGGUUUGGAAGCCCAAUUGAGCUCCCUUCAGAGGAGUCAGUUGAAUUGCCUCCACUUGGAGAUGGUGUUGGACAUUUAAUUCAGAUCAAGAGUGGAGGUUAUCUGCGGUCCAUGAAUCCUUUACUAUUUAGAAAUUGUAAAAAUGUUGGGCACUUAAUCAUACAAGUAUCUAGACCAGUUCUAUUUCCUGCAAGAUUGGGUUCCAAUAUUAUGGAGUUAGUGCAGAACUUGGCGUCCCUUGGAAUUGAGAAUCUUUCCUUGCAGGUGAAUACGUUAAUGCCUUUGGAGGAUAUUACUGGGAAGACGAUACAACAAGUAGCUCAGGAAGUUGAACCUACAGCAAUGGUGCCUGAGAGGCAGAGGCAGGUUAAGAUGCAGUGUGAAUCAUUGUUUGAGCUGGAUUCAUUUGCUGAGAGAAAGGAAGUUGAAGGAUUUCAAUUUGAUUGGGAAUAUGAUCAUCUGAACUCUGACAUGAUAGGAGGUGAUUAUGUGCCUCUAGGAAAUCUUGCUCCACUGACAUUAAGCCAGAUUGAAGCCCUUGCAAUAGAGGGUUUGAAAAUUCAGUCAGGCAUGUCAGAUGUGGAUGCACCCUCAAGCGUAAGUACCUCAUCUGCUGGAAAGGUGUCAGGUUUUGCAGGGAAGGCUUCAAAUUGUGGUGAAUUCCUUUGUUCAGAGCCAGCUUCAGGUUUAUCAUUUCCAGAUGCAGACGAUACCACCUUUAGCGUUGAUAGAUUAAUGGGUCUCUCCAUACCAUUGGACGAGUGGUUAAAGCUGGAUGCUGGAAUUAUCGCUGAUGAAGAUCAAAUUAGUGAGCACAUGAUUCAGAUUCUUGCAGCUCAUAAUUCCAAGGGCAUAGAUUUGGUUAGUGGAACUUUGACAAAACACAAGAAAUGUGGUAAAGCAUCUGUUAAACUCCAUGGCUUGUUGGGCGAUAACAUCACAGUAGCUUUGAGGGUAUUGUUGAGAGAUCCCCUUCGAAACUAUGAACCAGUAGGAAAUUCAAUGCUUGCUCUGAUUCAAUUGGAGAGAGCUUCUGUUGCUAUAGAGCAAGAACAAGACUGGGAGGAGAAAGAUGAUUCAGUAGUCAGUCAGGAGAAAGAACAAGGCUCUCCUUUGUUUAAAAUCAUCAAGGUCAAUCUUGCAGGUCUAGAUACCAAGCCUGACAAAAAGCUGCUUUGGGGUACAAGAACACAACAGCAAUCUGGGACUCGCUGGUUGCUUGCUAGUGGCAUGGCUAAGUCCAAGAAGCAGUCAUUUACAAUGUCGAGUGCCAUUGUGGGAUCAAACCCUUCCGUGAUUAGAAAGUUGCAAGAUAGGGAUGUCCUGUGGAGUCUAACUUACAAUAUCCACAAUUCAAGAACUAACUGGAUUCGAAACCCUAACGUGAUCUUUCCAAAUGAAAGUGUCAGUGUGUCUUAGCCUGCUGGUUUUUACUCUCUAAAGGUAGCAUUUGCAUAUAAUUUACUUUCCAUUUAUAUGGUGAAUAUAGUGCAUUUAAUACCUUUUGUUGUACUACUUUAAUUUACUGCUAGUAUAGAAAUGGGAAGAGUGUACACUGUACAGCCCAUUAGGAGUUGAUUUUGCGAUUGUAUGUUUCUUUUAUCUGUAAUCAAUUUAAAUUGAAUUAAUAAAAGGUUAUAGCUGAUGUUUAAGUUAGCUUAUUUUUCUCCAAGAAAGCACGUUCCUUCUCAAGUUGGAUAAUUGUGCUGCUACACCAAAAGAAAUCAGCUAAAAAUUG